CAUUUGGAUUAAGUGCCGAAUCAACUAAUAUUUAUUGUAUAUAAAAGCUUUUUAACCAUCCAUUAGCUGAUAAAGUGACAUGUUAAUUGUGCAUAUUACGAAGGAUGAAGUAGCGGUGUUUUUAUUGUAAAAGUUUAAUAGCAUGGUUCGAGAUGCUACAGUGAAAUAAUAACCUUUAAACCGCGGGAGAGAUUUGACAAGUAUGGAUCGGUGCAUAGGCUGAGGUUGGAACUAAUUGCCGGUCGGGACAUAUUCCAAAAGACAUCGAUCAGGGGCCAAUAAUUAAACACAACUUCAUCAUCGGAACAGUAAACUGUGAAUUGAAUUGGAGGCUUUUUAGAAAUAAAAAUUUUGCUCACAAAAACACAAUUGCCUGCAUUGUUAAAGAAGCCGAGAUUGUAUCGGAAAAUAGCAAUGAUAAGUAUCGCACCAGAUUCAAGUAUUUAAUGACGACAUAAAAGCGGCCACACAAUCAAUAGGAGUCUCCGUUUUUACUUUUGUCAUUGUAAUCGUCGGACAAUGGACAAUUAUGCACCAAACCUCACGGAACCUCAUCCCAGACAAACCUCUUGUAGCCAUGGUCUUUGAAAUCAAAGGGACUAUCUGUUUCAAAAGGAAAAGAUCUCAUUUCGGGAACAGAGGUAGUUCUUGACAAGUGUGAGCGUAAAAUAAAUUUAUUCCUUGUACUUUCUCUGGAGAUAAAUUACAAGAUCCUUAGGUAAGGUGUAAUUAUUUUUUUUUAUUUGUUCAUUCGGUUCAACAUUGACUUUGAAAAUUGAAUUCAUAUUAUCCAAUAAUCUAUUAUGACUGUUAAGAAUUAAAAUUGUGGAGCAUGCGGUCACUCUUAUGGACAUAGUUCGAGCGAUUAAAUUAAAAAUAAAAAAAUGUGAAAAAAUGGAAACUUCUACAUCCUGAUUUACGUUGAUUUCAUGAUGACGUCAGCAAAGUUUGAAAUUUCAAAUAAUUUCACGGCCCUCGUUGCAUACGACCAUACAGAGAAAAUGUUUAACAGAUCAAAUGGCAAUAACGCCAGUACUCCAGGUAACGGCAUGGGAUACGAGGAUAUUUUACCAAUUAUGAAUCCUGGACAAUCUUACAUAGUGCCUAUCAAUGGGAUUGUGUCUAUUAUUUUUAUUUUAGUAACUAUCGUUACCAACAUUCUUGUCAUGCUUGUUCUUCUUCGGAAACACAUGCGGUCACCGACUAAUAUCAUAUUAGCGGCUAUGGCCCUGGCAGAUAUGCUUACGGGACUUUUUCCUCUUCCAAUGUACUUUUAUUUCUUUACGCUUGGAAAUUACGUCGAAUAUCCUCCAUACGAUUGGUGUUAUGUGUACAAACUAUUUACCGAAUAUCUGCCAAUGAUAUUUCAUACUGCUUCAAUAUGGCUGACCGUUUUCUUAGCCAUUUUAAGAUAUAUUUAUGUCUGCCACACUGAUGUCGCCCGAAAAGUCUGCACCGUUCCUAAUGUCAUCAGAGCCACAGUUGGCAUAUAUGUUGUGGCCACUUUAACACAAACAACACGUUUCAUUGAGUCAGAAUCUAUUCCACACUCGAUACCUUCAAAGAGAUCUCCAAAUAAAACAAUUACAACUUGUCUGUUUCCAUACAGACCAUUUGUGCAAGAAGACUUGGACUUGUACUUUAAUCUUAUAUUUGGAUUUCGAGUCAUUUUUAUCCACUUCAUUCCCUGUUCCCUUCUGUUGAUUUUAAAUGCUCUUCUUAUCCGGACCAUGCGUCAAGCCCAGCUAAGACGUAGACUCUUGUUGCGACAAAAUAAGAAAAAUGAAUCUAAGAAACUGGCUGACAGCAACUGCACGACUCUGAUGCUGGUGGCUGUUUUGGGAUUAUUUCUGCUCGUUGAACUGCCCCUUGGCGUUAUUAUGAUAUUGUUCAGCAUACAAAAUACGCUUGAUAUUCACAUAUCUGAAACCAGUAACUUUUUACUUAUGACAGCCGUGUCUAAUACAGCUAUCCUGGUGUCUUAUCCUCUUAACUUUCUCAUUUACUGUGCAAUGAGCCGACAGUUUAGGGAAACCUUCAAAAGAAUAUUUACAUGCAAACCUAUGCCUCUGCAAAGAGAAUGUUCCCACUACACGGCCGUACCACAGGAAAAUGGGAAAAUGCACCAAGAAGACAAUAAAACAAACGUUGUAGAGAUAUCUGAAUAUAAAAAGAAUGGAUGAUGAAGAUUUUAUUUUCCUCUUCAGAGAAAUCCGUGAUAAUAAAAGCACAAUAUUUGUUUUAUUGGUUAUUUUCAUAUAAUUAUUAUCUUUUUAAUGUACAUCUUACGAAAUAAUAGAAAAUCAUUUAUAUAAAUAACUAUGCUGGAAAUUUUUAAUGAAAUUAUGUUUUGCUUUUGCACUCGAUGGUAAAUUGUUUAUGAUAGAAAAUCAAAUAUUAUGAUUUAGCAUUUUGUUGGUUAUGUUAUACAGUAGUAGCGAUCUGUAUCUUUAAAACAAAAGAAAUGACAAGUAACCGUAGUAGAAAUUCUAUUUGUCUAAUCAUAUUGUUAUACAUUUCUCAUAAAAUCAUUGUUAACCGACUGAAAACUUCCAAAUAAAAAAAGUGAUGUUUUUAUUACUUUUAAAAGCAAAAAAUUAUUCAGUUGACACUAAAACCUUUAUGUACCUUAUUUUCUUUUAAUAGAAGAAGAAUAGUAAGAGUAAUUGUUACUAAGAAAUUCUUCUAUAUUCGUUUAGAUGAUGGUCGAUAGGCAUGGUUUUAAACAUUAUCUAGAUUGUAUGCAACAGAGUUAUUGGUCAUCCUUUCGUUUUCUUUAACAUGGAAAUACGCAAGUAAUUAGGGUUCACAGCUAGAUAGUAUUGUACUACAGCUAACAAUCACGUAUUAUUACCAGAUAUAAAUUUGGCGAGCUUUUUAAAGAAGCUAUUCAAUAAGACACAAAUAAGAUAUCCGGAGAGACUAGGAAAUCAAUUUUGAUGAGGUAUUAACGAUGAAUGGCCUUUUUAAUGAUAAUUAACUAUUGUAUGUAUUCGUAAUUAUUGAAAAAAAAUGUCAUAAGUCCAAACAUUCUUGUUUUUAUGUCUUUCCUGAUCUGAUUCAUUUUAUUACCUAACGGGAAAAAAAUCAACAAAUAACCAAUGUAUGAAGAAUUCAAAAUGUAAAAGUCAGCAAUGUACCUCAUUUAUUCGCAUUACAGUAAAAAAAAAACUGUUAAAAGACAUACUUAUCCCGGGCUUUUAGGGAGAAUCCAUGUUCUCCUUCAUCAAGUGUCACUCUGCAUCAAAUCCUGGAGGCUCGAUGACCUGUACAUGGCCCAACUAGGAACUGAUUCUCUCUCGAGAUAUUAAAGCAUAUUAAGAAGUGGGAAAUACGUUAUAUUGAGGAGGGAAUGUCACAGUUCUAGACGUGACGUGUAUAACAGAGUGGAUUCAACGGCAAAUCCAUAAAUAUGACUAUUUUCAAAAGGAAAAAAAUAUAUAUUUCGUUACUCUCUUUCCACUCUCUAGAAAACUCGCAUGUUAUCUAUUAAAUGUUAAAAUACUAAAGACAUUUAUGAAAACAACGUAAUUCAUCAACAUUGCUCAAGGAGAGAAGUCUCAAUUUCAAUAUAUGAAAUCCAAACAAGAAAGGUUUCUCCUAUAUUAUAUUGAAACUUUAUGUACAAACAAUAAAACCUAAAACUCAUUAGAAACAAGUGAGAGUUCAAGCGUCUGCUUUUUGUUGAAGAAAAAUUAAUCAAUUCUUGAUUUCUUUGUAAACUAAUGAUAUCCAUUUAAUUAAUAUAUAAUUGUUUCAUGAAUUAAGAUUUUGUUUAAAAUUCUCGAGUUAUCACUAUCAACUGCCUUUAAAAAAUAGAUAUUGACAUUGUUUAGUACAUUUUUCUAAGAAACAUUUUUAAAGCACAAAAUCUAAGAAUUGAAAGACUCUCUCUCUCUCCUGACAAUCACAAAUAUCUAUGUAUGCAUAUUCUGGGUUUAGAUUGUUAUAGAGCGUCAUAGUGUAAUACUUAUUUAUUGAUUGUGCUCAUUUAGAAAAAUUAUGAUCAUUUACUUGUAUUUUGUAUAUUUUUGUACUGUGAUGUGAAAAUAUUAUCACUAAAUUAUUCUGUUGUUUGAUGAAGAAAAUAUAACUAGACAAUGCUUUCUACUGUAAAUACCUGCUGGCAAAAAAUAAACACAGGAAAAAACAAGUAGUUUUCAAAUCAUCUAUAACGGUUGUUUGGAUACGUUUUUAUUUAGUUAUUGAUGUAUUAACAUUUGGUAUUGUUUGUAAACUUGUAAAAUCAUGUAAUGCCCAUAGAUGUUGUGAAAUACAUAUUUGCCCAAUCGAAUGUCCAGCGGCCUUAUUUGCGGUUCAAAUAGAAAUCGCCUUUUAAUAAAAGGUUCAUGAAUGAUGCGGCAAACAAAAGCAUGUGGUCUCAUUUGUAAUCAAUUCGAUGAAUAAAUACAGUUGAGUUUAGGAGUCUCUUGUGGCAAAGGAACCUUUAAAUGACCAUGAAGGAUAACAACCCAGAAAAGCAGAAAUAUAUAUUACAUCCAUCAGAGUAAGCUUAUAGGUGUUCAAAAUGAAAUGCACAAAACGUCGUUAAAGAUAGACUUGAAUGCAUCUAAUGAAUUUCAGGUAAAAAAUAUCAAUGUAUUGAAACGUAACGU